AUGACCAAAAUAUUACUCUGUGGCAUCUUAUUAUCCCUCACAGCCGUUCCAUUGAUCCUCAGUUAUGUGCUAAAACGAAAAUACCGCCAGUUAACCCUGCAAUUACAAAAACAAGAUGACACCAGCUACUACGAGUGCAUGUUUUUCGAUUUCAACAACUUUUGUUGCAAGCCCCAUUUGAUCAACAAAGAAGACUGCGGAGAAAAUUGCUCUUACACCCGACUGCAAAGGCUUUUACGUUACAUUGGCAGCGCUAAAAAAAGUAUCAGUAUGUGCGUUUAUAUGAUUACUUUACAACAAGUUGCUAAAGAAUUAGCCGAAGCUAGUUCAAGAGGAGUAAAUGUACGUGUUAUUACUGAUAAAACUAUGGGCAAAACUGUACCGUCUCAAAGUAAUUUACAGUUCUUUAAGAAAAACGGUAUUUCAUAUAAAACUUCUCCUUCGGUCAAUGAAAUGAUGCACCACAAAUAUUGUUUGAUUGACGAAAAAGACCCAGUGGGUUGCAAAGUGUUUUUUGGAAGUCUCAAUCUGACCUGCCAAGCUCUUUGUAAGAAUUUCGAAGCCAUUUGUUUGACAAAUAAUCAAGAAAUAAUUCACAGGCUCAGCGAGGAAUUUGAAGAAAUGUGGGCAAUGUUUUAA